AUGCCAAACAUCCAACCCAGCAUUCCAAUCCCAAAUGUGGAGACCAUCGAUCCUGUGAGGUCAGUUGUGGCCCACCUGGCCUCGUUGUUUGACUUAUCGCACAUUUCCAGCGAGAAUACCAGCAAGCCUAUAGUUGCCGAGCAUAUGUUUGAUCCAGCCACUCGCAAAUUCACUCACUUAUCGCACAAUAUGGUGCAGAACGGCGAUGCGUGCUACGUGCCGGUGUGCCCAGUCGAUACGAUUGUGCCGACUGGAUCGUCAGCUAUACCAGCCACUGAUAGCUGCCAGUACCGUAUUCAGCUGCUGCCUGUGUCGCACAAUGCAGCUGGCCUGAUGGCCAAGGUAAUGUGCACUGCCUUCAGAUUGCUUAUGCGUAUUCUCACUCCAUCACCUUCCCCUCGAAUGCCCAGUCAGGUGCCACCAUGCUCUUCUUUAGUAGCCAGCCCCGAGAGCAACAUGCACCCAUCACUAUUUUCUCAUAAUCAUGGUUUUUGCAGGUAG